AUGGCCAACGCAACUAUCGGGCUCGCAGAGAGGAAGGCGAUCGUACGAGAGACGGAGCCACUGAGUGUGGAUGCUAUCAUUUGUCUAGACGCUUGUUUUACGCAAAAGCAACGCGCGACUGGGCAACGCGACCCAGAGCGGCACCAUCCAGCGUCCGUGUUCCUUCAGGAGUUUGAGAUCAAAGCUAUGGAACGCAUUAUGGCAGAGAAGAAGCGACCUAAACGGACGCAAAAGGGAUCCAAUAACGCCUCAGCAGGCGUUACGACCAGUCCCCGAAACAAAGCCAAGAAACGGGAUCUCGCAGAGGCGGUUGAAGACGAAGUCGAGGAAAAAUGUGAGGGUCCAAUCAAGCUGCCCAAUUCCGUCCUCGACGGUUGCGAAUCCUCAUUCAAGGCCGCGGACGAAGCACGCGAGAAGGCGAGCACUCAAUUCUUCGACGACACUGCGCUUAUGGCUCUCGUAUGCCAUCAUGAUCGCGUUCUCUGGCUCGCAAACAUGACCAGCGCAGGCGAACGUCAGCAUUAUGCCAUCGCACUCCUUGACAAGUUCUUCCGCCACGUGCCGGCAACAUUCCGUGCGGAUUACCGCGACCGCAUAGUGUUCGCGAUCUCGGUGUUCCACGCGUUCGGCCACCAAUGGCCAUGUCAAAUCAUAUACCACCCGCGAAAGUGUGCGUGUUUUGGCCUUUCAGAUGGAGAAGGAUGCGAGCGCCUCUGGAGCGCACUGGACCACCUCAUGGCCGGGCUGCGUGUUAGCGGUUACUUUCAACGGUUGUAUGUGAUCAACUCUCAAAUACACCAUCUGGAUGGCCUACACCGGCGUGGAAUCGCUGAAUGGCUUGUACGCAAGUACGAGGCGUGCCGCUCUCGAUGGAUCGAAGCUCAGGACGGUCUUCAAAAAUGUGCCCUGACCAUGGAAUUCCUGCGCGACCAAUGGGAACUUCAAAAAAAAUCCACGCAGACGAAACCACUUCGGAGACAGGUAAAGGACGCAGGUGCAAGAACCAUCGACACGAUUCUCAUCUUACAGGAUCAGCUGAAGGUCCUCGACAUGAACAUCACGAAACUCGAAAAGGCAGUCACGAAGGGUCAAGGUGAUACCGAUACAAUGUUCCGGAUAGCUGAGCUGCUGGAGGAGCGCCGCCGUGCCAUGACGAAGAAGCGCCGAAUGGAGGACAGCCUAGACCUUCGCAGGAGGCAGGAUCUCCAAGUGCUGCGCACGAGUCGCUACCUGACAGCACGCCUUAACGCAUUGGCCCUGAAGAGCCGUAUCCGGGAUCGCUUGCGUCAGCGCAAGUUCGAAUUUGCGGGUAUAGAACGGAGGUUCCGCACGGAGUCUUCCGACCGAAAGUUGGCAGCACACGCUACGAACGCGGUCCAUCGACGGGAACCCGGAAUCCAGACACUCGCCCGCAGGUAUAAUUCGCUAUGCGGUGAAAUGGCCAAUCUGGUCAAGAAGCGUGAAGCUCCACCUCGGACCGAGCCUCCAAGACCGAUCAACAUGGAAAAUCUAUGGGGUCUUGACGUGGACGAUGACAUCUGGCUAGAUGUUGGGCUGCUGGAUGAAGAUGGUGUUGACAACCAUCCGUCCGAGGAAUUCAACAGAAUUUCGGUCGAACGUAAGAACAUGCAGAUUUGGUUGCACGAGGAGUGGGAGGCGGUCGAGCACGCCGUCAAUAUGGCCGACCUGUCUGAGGGCUUAUAUCAUCACGUCUUCCUCUAUCGCAAGGAGCUACUGAGCUUAGCCGUAACCUGGAAAAAGACCGUGACUGCUAUUCCCACCGACAGAGAUACACCGCCCGACAAGUGGGGGCCAAGCGAAAGCGAAAUGCGGGAAGAAAUGGCGCAAAUGACCAACAACAUCCCCCCAAAGGCAACCUCCGCCCCCGUGACUACAUACUCUUUGGCGACACACCCCGGGGGCGAUGCCGAAAUGCAAGAGACUCUGUCGAACCACGCCGAUGCAGACUACAUGUUGGGUGAUGAAGAUGACGACGAAGAUAGGGAUGUGCGGGAGGUCGCGGAUGAGUCAAGAUGUUGCCGCCGUGUAUGA